AUGACAGCAUCGACUGCAAAGAGGAAGCUGUUCCUCGGCACAUUUGUUCACUCGAAGGCUCUCAGCGAGCUCGAGUAUCUCCACGACUCAGCAAUCGCCGUGGACGAGACUGGCAAGAUUGUUGCUGUUGACAAGGACUGCGGUGACCUUGCCAAGGCCCGCGAGACAUUACUUCCGCGGCUCGGGUGGAACGAAGCAGACGUUGAGUUUGUCCAGUCUAAGGACGGAGAAUUCUUCUUUCCGGGAUUUAUUGACACUCACAUUCAUGCUUCUCAGUACCCCAAUGCGGGCAUCUUCGGCAGCUCCACCCUCCUCGACUGGCUCAACACCUACACUUUUCCUCUCGAGUCGUCGCUUGCCGACCCGGUCAAGGCCCGUCGCGUCUAUGCCCGCGUUAUUCGCAAGACUCUCGCCCACGGCACCACCUGCGCGGCAUACUAUGCCACUAUCAACGUCGAGACAACCAACCUGUUGGCUGACCUGUGUCUGACAGCCGGCCAGCGCGCACUCGUCGGCCGCGUAUGCAUGGAUUCGGCGCUAUCUCCUGACUUCUACAAAGAUGCCUCACCUGAAGCCGGAGAGGAAGCCACGCGGAAGUGCAUUGCCUAUAUCAAGCAGGUCGACCCGAACAUGGACCUCGUCCGACCGAUCAUCACCCCCCGCUUUGCGCCUGCUUGCUCAGCCGAGCUGAUGAAGCGCCUGGGCAAGCUGGCAGAGGAGGAGAACCUCCCCAUCCAGACGCACAUCUCCGAGAACAAGAACGAGAUCGCCCUCGUGAAGGAGCUCUUCCCCCCAGCCGUCUUGGCUCGCGCCACAGGCGACGAAUCCCUCGCCAAACAGCACGAAUCGACCUACGCCGGCGUCUACGACGCUUUCGGCCUGCUUACGUCCCGCACCAUCCUCGCCCACGGCGUGCACCUAACUCCCUCCGAGCUCAAACUCAUCGCCGAUCGUGGCGCUACAAUCUCCCACUGCCCCUGCAGCAACAGCUCCCUAGCCAGCGGCGCUGCACCUAUCCGCCGACUCCUUCUUGAUCAUGGCAUCCCUGUUGGCCUGGGAACCGACGUCAGCGGUGGGUACAGCGCCAGCAUCUUGGAGGCGGCGCGGGAGGCGGUCCUAGUGAGUCGACACGUGUGUUUUAAUGCUCCGAGAGAUGGGGAGAGAGAUAAGUUGAGCGUGGAGGAGGUUCUGUGGCUUGCGACAAGAGGAGGGGCGAGGGUCGUGGGGUUGGAGGGGAAAGUGGGCGCGUUUGAGGAGGGGAUGGAGUGGGAUGCGCAGUUGGUGUCGCUUGGGAGGGUCGUAGGGGAGGAGGGGGAUGGGGGCAUGGAGGAUGAGGUUGAGGGAGAGAGGGGGAAUGUGGAUGUGUUUGGGUGGGAGAGCUGGCCGGAUCGGAUUGCGAAACGCCACAUAUGUGCGACGCAGCCCAACCCCACUUGA